CAGCAUUGACACGUUAAAGGUACAUAACCACCGAUAGUCUUGCUGUUGCCAGGAGGAGGUUUUAGAUCCAAAAUCACAAUUGCAAAUUUCCCCUUUUGCAGAUGACCGACCCUUACGAGGAGAUGUUUUGUGUUUACUGUGCUUUGCACCAGUGGUAGCGAGCGCAGGCAAAAUAUGCGACGCCUGUCAGGCUAUUUACAGAAAAUGCUGAGCAAGAGAAAGUUCCCCGGACUGCAAUGACACGAAGAGAGCGACCCGUACGCCCACACAGCACCUCGGAUUAAUGCAAUCUGCACAGAAAUGGAAACAAUGGAAAUAAUGGACUCGGAGAGCCAGAUGAUGGUACUGCGGGACACGCUGGUGGAGGGACGAGAGGAGCCGUACGAUGAGGUGGAAGAUCUGAGCAACAGUCUAAGAGAUGCGCUUCAGGACGAAGCUGUAAAGCCAAAACUCCACUGCCUGAUGAUGGACCCAGCCUUCUCAAUGGUGACGGUUCAGAACGAGGACAGUGCUAUAGUUUGGGAAACAGCCUCCAGUCGCUGCUCAACACCCUGGGCUUCAGAGAUGAACGCCACUGCUCCAGAUCCCAGCUGCGCUCUCACCAGUCCUGGCACAGCUGGCAAUAUUGUUGUUGUUAUGGAUGAAGAACUAAUGACCAGAAGGGAGAAAAGGAAACCAAGACCAGUGAAAACCAAGGCUCUUCCUUACACAGGUGGUGAUGAUGAUGAUGAGAUCAUGAGACCAGCCAUGGUGGAGGUGUCCCUCCCUAAUGUCCCACAAGCUGAAGCCGAAAUGGCAAACGCCAAAGAAGAAAAACAUCAGCGUUUGUUCAGUCUGCUCUCUGAAGGAUCUGAAAUUCUGAACAUCAUUGCUCCGCCUAAAGUGUCUACGGUUGACGAGGAGGCGAGUAAACGUCUGGAAGACUGUUUGUUUUACCUCGAGGAGACACCUGCUGUUAAGUCCACACAGAUGUUCCCAGAUGAACCUGAAGACGUUACUGCCGAGGCUGAGACUGGAGAGCCGAACGUAGUGACAUCGAUAAUAUCAGAGCCCUAUGUCCCGGUCACACCCUUCGUGGGAUCCAAAAGAGGCGCCACGGCGGAUGACUACUUUGAGAAGUUUACUCUACUGGAUAACCAAGGGCCAUCAGGAGAGGCACAAACAGCUCACCAGAAGACAGAGGGCUCCACAGAAGACAUACAGGAUAAAGACGAGGCGCCGCCUGCACCGAGUCCUGGACUCUCAUGCGUCUCCUCGGCCGUAAGUAUGUUAGAUAUUUCUGGUGAACACCUGGACGAUGUUUUUUACGGCUGCAGCAUCAGGAGUGAGCCGCACUCUCCAGAUGACAUCGCAUGUGCCCGACAAGAGACGAGAGAUCUUUCAAAAUCAUCACUGAAGAAAAGCGGCUCCGCCUUGUUCGAAAGCGAGGAGUCUGUGCUCACCCCGAUAUACCUUCCCGAAGGACCUCCGAAAAUCAUCGACCUCAACCUGCUUGAAGAGCCCAAAGCCAUGGCUUUUCUGUACUCAGACCUGUAUGCAGACGCCGUGGGGAGCAGAAAGAAGCAGGACGAUGAUGCUGAGAGUGUGACCUCUGAAAAAUCUUUCAACAGACAAGAGUCAGACUCUGAGGACCAAGGGUAUCUGGAGAAGUUUGUGCUGAAGAUGGAGACUCCCAAGUGCGAUCUGGAACCUGACUUAUGUUGCAAAGAAAGCCAGGACUCGUUCAGACUUGCAGGAUACAUGGAGGAACCUAAAACCCAAGUGGAGAUGAAGCCAGAGGAGAUGGAGGAGAUCACAGAUUUCUUUAGAAACAGCGCAUCUUCAUCACCGUGUGAACCUGUUGAUUUAUAUCAACCUGAGCCAGAGGAAGAACCCAAAGUUGCGAGGACUACACGCGUUUCAUUCAAAGAUGAAGUGGCGAAGAAUGAAAGGGGGGGGAGUAAUUCUCCUCCGUUCAUGGACGAUAUAGACUUUGAGGAAGCGUUUUUACCUGUUGAAAUAAGUGAGGAUUGCCCAGCAUGGGAAGAAAACUUGCAAACAUUUUCCACAAAAAAAUCAACCUCGACCAGGACAGAUAAACCAAAGUCUACAAGGAAAACCCUUCAAGAACCUCCCAAAUCUACUCAUAUUAUCAACACGGUCAAACCCAAAGUUCCAUGCUACAAACCCUUCCUUGAUCUGAGCCCGCUGCUGCCGGCUGAGUCCGAGGAUGAGGAACAACAGGCAGAUGAAGAAAAGAAGCAAGAGGACAAAAGUAUUAAUGGCUCAGAAGAGACGAGAACAUCUGAGGCUAAAGUGGAAGAAGAGACGAGUGAAACUCCUCAUGAUGUCACACAACACGGAUGUGAUGAUGUCACAGCAGCAGAUGUGCAGGAUCAUCUGUUUGAGAACAAUGCUGAAGAUCAUAAUGAGACUGUAGAUGCCCCGGCUGCUUUGAACAAAUCCAAGUAACUCUGGCUUGAUUCUUAAUUUGCAAUGCUAGCAGCAGAGGUCAGUAAUGCUAAACAAGAUGAACUGAACACAAUGUGUAUCUCAGUAGAGACAGACACACCACACGGGCGGAUAUUAACACAUUUAUGUACAGUACAACAGGUUGAGUGUUAGUGAGUGAAAAAAGGUAGGAAAUGAGAAAAAUGUGUAAGUGAGGGUGUGCGUGGCUGUUUAUAGGCUUAAACUCACUGUAGACUGAGACAUCUAGAACAGUGGUUCUCAAACUGGGGGGCUGUGAGAUGAUGACAGGGAGCCCAAAUUUAUGUCAUUUAAUAAAACACAUUAAUUUAUAAUAAAUACUUCCUAAUUAAACUUCAGAAAAAUAAGGCUGCUAACCAACAGCACUACAUUGUAUAAUUUAAUAUGUUUUGUUUUUUCUCAAAUAUUAAGUUUAAAGAAACAUUUCACUUUCUUAAUAAAAAAUUCCAAAAAUUUACUCAUCCCAAUAUCAUCAAAGAUGUUUGUGUCUUUGUUCAAUUGAGAAGAAAUUAAAUUUGUUUGAGGAAAACAUUCCAGGAUUUUUCUCCAUAUAGUGGACCUCAACAGUAAACAGUUUCAAUACAGCUUCAAAGCACUCUAAACGAUCCCAACGUCUUGGUAAGGGUCUUAUUAAGCAAAACAAUCGUCAUUUUUGUCGAGAAAAAACUAUGUACUUUUAAACCACAACUUCUCAUCUUGCACUAUUCGAGUGACAUGUCAGCGCGACUUUACGUAAUGCAAAAGCAUGUCGAAAGAUCAACUAUGACGUCCAGUGUUUACAAGUAUGGAGAAAGAGAAGCGUCAGACGUUGUUGUAUGUAUAAUGAUAUUAAUGAAUGUCUUUGUGUCAGUCUAUUGUUUAAAAUUAUCCGCAGGUGUUAGUUUCACAGAAGUAAUGAGUAAUAUGUAAGGUCACGCUGGCUCAUCACACGGCUAGUGUAAGAUGAGAAGUUGUGUUUUAAAAGUGCAUAUUUUUCUUGCUGCAAAUGACAAUCGUUAAACUGAGAAAAACCCUGAAACGUUUCCUCGAAAAACUAAUUUUUUUCUCAUUUGAACAAAGAAAGACAUAAAAAUCUUGAAUGACAUGGGGUGAGGAAAUUAUCUGGAUUUUUUUAAGUAAGUGGAAUAUCCCUUUAAGAACGCACGCCGAAAAAGUUUGAGAACCACUGAUCACAACAAAUAAAUCAAGAAAUAUAGACGGGUUGCACGGCGACGUCACUAACUGGUUGCGCGCGCAACCGAGGGGCAGAAAGAAGAGAAGUGCAUUGUGUUGUAUGCUCGUAGCGGUGUCUGUAAGUCAAAAUGCCAAGGAAUUGUUGCGUGGAAAAUAGUACCAACAGAGUCAGUGCUGGGUGCCUGAUGUUAACAUACCAGUAGAUGCGACUAUUACGUUACUAGCAUUAUAAUUAUAAAAUUAUAAUUUAUACAUGUAUCACAGUAAAACUGCAAAAAUAAAGACAGAAAAACAGAUCCAACUAUAAUCAAGUCUUAUUUAUAUACAAACAAUAAAGAACGCUUCAAUAAUUAAGGUUGUUGCAGUAGCAGAUCAGCUCACCAAUCGGGCUUUCUGCCCCCUGGAUGCGCGCGCACCCUGCAAUGUUUGUAAACUUGCAACCCCUCUAUAAGUAACUAAAUGUUGCAGUAAAGUUAAUUCUGAUGAAUCUGCUCAGUCAAUAGAAUAAAUAAUAUACAUCAAAUAGUUACAUCAGUUUUUUUAGAUUUGAAAUAAACAUCAUUCCAAUAA